GCCCGCUCCCUCUAUGCGCCGCGUGCUAUGCGGUGGCUAAAGAAAUAGCAAUAAAAAUAUGGCAAUUUUAUUAUCCUCUGUAUCUUAUCGGUCGUGUAACCAAUUGACUCGCCCCCGCUACUAAGCACGCAGUAAGCCUGGUCUCUGCCAAGCGUCCUCCCCAAAAUCCCCUAACACGCUCAGGCCCACCAACGUGCUGCAGCAACUGGUCCCCCAUCGCCCUGCUGGUGCUGCUGCAGUGUGUUACUGCUGCCAACCUUCUCCGCCAACACCCCAACUUUUUUUUCCUUGCUCGCCCUUCUCCUCUUCCUUUUCUUCCUCCUUUCCCCCAUCCUCACUUUUUGUUUUCUCCUCCUCGAGUAUACAUUUCUCUCUGGUAUUUUUCCAGCUUCUGCCUGUGUUCGACGUAUCUUCUUCUACGUCAACCAUCUUUUGCUCCCCUCCGUCUCUUACAACCCGAUUUGUGAGAGCCUCCUCCGCUGCGUUAUCCUACCUACCGUUUCUCAGCUUCCCAACAUCUUUACAAUGGAGAACAUGGUUGUCGGCGUCAAGCGCCCUCGCUCCAACAGCAUUAUGGCUGCUACUGCCCAGGACCACCUUGAUGUUGGUGGCGGCAAGCUCGCCUGGCUCUCUUCCCUCGACACUGCCUACACCCCCGCACACACAUACCGCCGCUCAUCCAUCAUCUGCACCAUUGGCCCCAAGACCAACUCGGUCGAGGCCAUUAACUCUCUGCGCGAUGCCGGUCUCAACGUUGUCCGUAUGAACUUCUCUCACGGCUCGUAUGAGUACCACAAGUCCGUCAUUGACAACACCCGCGCGGCCGUCGCCUCGCACCCCGGCCGCCCCGUUGCCAUUGCCCUCGACACCAAGGGCCCCGAGAUCCGUACCGGUAACACUAAGGAUGAUGCUGAUCUUCCUAUCCCCGCUGGCAAGGUCAUGAACAUCACCACCGACGAGGCUUACGCUACUGCCUGCGACACUGAAAACAUGUACGUCGACUACAAGAACAUUACCAAGGUUAUCCAGCCCGGCCGCAUUAUUUACGUCGACGAUGGUGUCCUCGGCUUCGAUGUCCUGAGCAUCAAGGACGACAAGACCAUUGAGGUCCGCGCCCGCAACAACGGCUUCAUUUGCUCUCGCAAGGGUGUUAACUUGCCCAACACCGACGUCGAUCUCCCCGCUCUCUCCGAGAAGGACAAGGCCGACUUGCGCUUUGGUGUUGAGCAGGGUGUUGACAUGGUCUUCGCUUCCUUCAUCCGCAGCGGUCAGGACAUCCGCGACAUCCGCACUGUCCUCGGCCCUGAGGGUAAGGGUAUUCAGAUCAUUGCCAAGAUUGAGAACCGUCAGGGUCUUAACAACUUCCGCGACAUUCUUGAGGAGACUGACGGUGUCAUGGUUGCCCGUGGUGAUCUCGGUAUUGAGAUUCCCGCUGCUGAGGUUUUCGCUGCCCAGAAGAAGCUCAUCGCUAUGUGCAACCUGGCUGGCAAGCCUGUCAUCUGCGCCACCCAGAUGCUUGAGUCUAUGAUCAAGAACCCGCGCCCUACCCGUGCCGAAAUCAGCGAUGUCGGUAACGCCAUCACCGACGGCGCCGACUGUGUCAUGUUGUCUGGCGAGACCGCCAAGGGUGCUUACCCCGUUGAGGCCGUCCGUGAGAUGCACGAGGCUUGUCUCAAGGCCGAGAACACCAUUGCGUACGUCUCCCACUUUGAGGAGCUUACCAGCCUCGUCAAGCGCCCUGUCAGCACCGUCGAGUCUUGCGCCAUGGCUGCUGUUCGUGCCUCUCUUGAUCUUGGCGCUGGUGGUAUCAUUGUGCUCUCCACCUCUGGCGAGUCUGCUCGUCUCCUGUCCAAGUACCGCCCUGUUUGCCCCAUCUUCAUGGUCACUCGCAACCCCACCACCUCUCGCUUCGCCCAUCUGUACCGUGGUGUCUACCCCUUCCUGUUUGACGAGGCCAAGCCCGACUUCAACCAGGUCAACUGGCAGGAGAACGUCGAUCUGCGCAUCAAGUGGGCUGUCAUGCAGGCUCUUGAGAUGAAGACUCUUACUCCCGGAGACACCGUUGUCGUUGUCCAGGGCUGGAAGGGCGGUAUGGGCAACACCAACACCCUCCGCAUUGUCCGCGCCGACCCCGAGCACCUCGGUCUCGGUCAGCUGUAAUCGAAAAGAACGAAAAUAUAAUACACCGCCGGAGGUACAUAAUGGGAUGGAUUAGGGCGUUUGCUAUCACAUGAAUGAUUUUAUUUGUAGGAUCGUGUUUGGAGAACCAGUCACACUAGUUUUUACUGGCAGAAGAGAAGAAUGAUGACGAAAAUGACGAUGGACUUUGCGUAGAAAAUAAAUCAGAUUAGUAACGAUGAUUUCUUUU